GGGGCGCGCCGCGCAGCUCCUGUCGCCGUCGCGGCUUCCGGUGCUAGGUGGAGAGGAGGAAGGAGGGAGCCGGGCGCGGGGCCGGGGAGCAGCCGGCGCUGAAUUGGCUGCGGGAGCCGGCGGGAGCUGAGCGAGAGCCCAGCGCAGCCGGAGCGGGAGGAGGCGACGGCCGCCGCGGCGGGGCUGGGAGCAGGAACAGGAUCAAGUCCUCUGUACCAGGGACCAGGCCCAAACCAGACUGCUGCUGCCCCCUCUUGGGCUCUGCUGUCAUCAUGGGGAAUAUCUUCGGAAACCUGCUCAAGAGCCUGAUUGGGAAGAAGGAGAUGCGCAUCCUGAUGGUGGGCCUGGACGCCGCGGGAAAGACCACCAUCCUGUACAAGCUGAAGCUGGGCGAGAUCGUCACCACCAUACCCACCAUCGGUUUCAACGUGGAGACAGUGGAGUACAAGAACAUAAGCUUCACGGUUUGGGAUGUGGGUGGCCAGGACAAGAUUCGACCUCUCUGGAGACACUACUUCCAGAACACACAAGGGUUGAUAUUCGUGGUUGACAGCAAUGACCGGGAGCGAGUGAAUGAGGCCCGGGAGGAGCUGAUGCGGAUGCUGGCAGAGGACGAACUCCGGGACGCAGUGCUCCUUGUCUUCGCCAACAAGCAGGAUUUGCCCAAUGCAAUGAACGCCGCAGAGAUCACAGACAAGCUGGGCCUGCAUUCGCUGCGUCACCGCAACUGGUACAUUCAGGCUACCUGUGCCACCAGUGGGGACGGGCUGUACGAAGGCCUGGACUGGCUGGCCAAUCAGCUCAAAAACAAGAAGUGAGAGCCAGGCAGUCCAAUCUGAGCGCCCCACCCACCCCGAUACACCUCCUGUCUCCCUGCUCCAGCCCUGCCCCUUCCUCCUGGUGCCAGUGUGGCCAGGGCCCUGGGUAUCAUGUCCGCAUGCCCACCAAGAGCCUUGCCUCCCCGCUCCCUCCCUCUGUCUGCCGACAUGGCCAGUCCCUAACUGCUGUCCUAAUGAUGAAUCAUUCCAAUUGACUGGAUUUCAAACAAAACAUAAGGUUGUUAUGGUUUCCUGGGGUGACCUCCUCCCCCGAUGCUCCUUGGGGGUUGGGAGGUGGGUGGGGUAGUAUUCUCUCUGUUUGCUUCGUUUGGCUCUGGUUGCUGUGCUCUCGAGUCUGCCCUCUCCCCUGCCUGUUUUCCUUUACAUCACCACCUUCUCUCUGUUCUUCAUGGAAAUUGCACGGGCCUCUCUGUGUGCGUGCAUGUGUGCGCGUGUAUAUACAUGUAUAGAGAGAAACAUUUGGGGGUCAGGGAGAGGAGUGGAGGGGUGGAGUGGCGCUCAGGGCGUAGAGCUGGACCAUUGCCCACUCCAGCCUGUGGUCUGCCCCUCCAUGUUGGUGUAUAAAGGGAAGGAGGUGCAGGAAGCCCCCGAGUGUUUCCCUGGCCCCUCUCUUCUUUGCAGGUGGGUUUUCUGGGUUAUAGGACAGAUGGUGGGUUUUCCACCACCAUCUUUCUCUAACCUCUCUCUCUACCCUGCGUAGGGCAGGGGCUGGCAUUGAUCUCAGAUGACUGUUUCCAAGGAGAUACCAUUCUGCCCUGGCUUAUUCAUGGGAGGGAGAGAGGAACCCACUCACUCUUACAGCCCAGAGUGUUCAGCUGAUCCUCCCCCACACCCUUAGAUUUGUUCCUCAGGAUGGGAGGAGGAGGAGAGGAUGACACAACCGUGGUGUGUGUUGGGACCUGGGGCACUGGAGAGAGGCCUCGGGUUUUUCAUCUCCAUCCUCUUUGGUUAGAAGGCACUGUCUCCCCUCCUUCACCUUCUGAUCUUGGAGUUGUUCUUUGCCAGAAGUUUCCCUCAUUCAGUUGUCUGUAUGCCCGACCUGACCCAGGUGGUUUAGUGGGCUUGGGGUGGCAUGCAGGCCUAAUACAGUUCCCCUGUUCUCCAGCUCUUCUCUUUUCUAGUUCAGGAUGUUAUGAAGGAUGAAAAUUUUCUUGUUUCCAGUCCUCGGAUCAUCCUGCUGUCCUGCCCCCUCUCUCCAUCCCCCUCUCCAUCCCGAACCUUCCUCCUGCCUUCUUUCCUCCUUCCACAAGUGGGUCUGGGGCCUGGCGUGGAGGAACUAGAAUUCUGAAGUGGUUGUUGGUGCUGGUGGGAUGCACUGGUUUUCAGGGUCCUCUCAGGAUGACGUAGUUGUUCAGAAGCUGCUGCUAUGCGUCUCUCUGUGUACAGGGGGCGCUGUCCCUGAGGCCCUGGCCUGGGUCCUGACUUACGAGGUUUCUGUGAAGCCGCCGUUUUCCUCUGGGCUCCUGUGUGUGCUGGCUGUGCCUGAGCCACAAGACAGAGCCCGUAACCUUUCUGCUCAAGUCAAGGCCCAGACUCCUACAGUGUGACUGAGGGUCUCUCCCCGGGAGGGCUGUCCUCAGCCCUGUCCCCUCCACCCUGCCCAGACUGAAAGAGGUUCCAGGGCUGUCUCCUUCAGUGCCAGUUCCUUAGUGAUGUACUGCCCAGUCUGCAGUGGGUAUGUGCAGGUCUUGCUUUAGGGGUGUGUGUGUAUGUGUCUGUGUCUGUGUCUGUGUGUGUGUCUGUAUGUGUGCGUGUGCUUGGCAGGGGGGGAGGGGGUGGCUGGGGAGAGGGUUACUGGAGCUUCGAUUUCAUUCUAAAAUGUGUUCACUCACUCCCCUAUCCCACAGAUGCUCCCCUCCACACUUUUUUAUUUGUAUUUUUGCCUUCUCCAUUUCCUGUUUUUUCUCACCCAGCGCCUGUUGCUCCUCCUUUGCCUUCAGACCCAUUCACUGCUAUUGCUCUUUCCUGGCAUUUUUGUUUUCCUUCGUAGGAGUCCCUCCCCGCCCACACCCCCCAUUUUAUAGCGUUGUGGUUGGUGAGGAUUUUGACUUUUCUCCUCCCUCCCUUCCUUAGGUGUCAGUCCCAAGUAGGCUUUCCUAACUCAGCCCCACCUGCGUGUCCAGGGAUAGUCCGGAGGGUGGGUUUUGAGCAGCCGGCUUGGGAGGUUCCUGGAUGCUGCUGCUCGAGGUCUGUUCAGCAGGGGGCGCUGGUCCUCUGGUGUGUCUCAGCAGGGCUGGACCUUUCUACGUUCAUGUUCGCCUAAAAGCCCUUCUGGGAUCGGGUGUUUUAUUCCUUCUCUGCCACUUCCUCCCCCACUAUUUUCUGGUAGACUUGAUUUUGUGCUUUGCUUUGUUCCAGCCUUUCUUCUCCCUGGGGAUUUCCCCUCAUUUCUUCCCCAAAGUCUGUUUGUGAUGUUACAGUGGUAACUGCAGUUCUGAACUGGUUUUUCUCUUUUUUCCUCCUCUGGAAUGUAGACUGUAUAUGUUAAAUAACUCACCUUCUCUCUCCUUGCUCAAUAUGUGGGAUACGCGAUGACUGUGACCCUGGUUGGAUAUUAAACUUGUUUUAUGCA